ACUCACACCGGGGAGAAGCCCUAUGAGUGCAGUGAAUGUGGGAAGGCCUUCUGUGAGAGCGCAGCCCUGAUUCACCACUAUGUCAUCCACACUGGGGAGAAGCCCUUUGAGUGCCUCGAGUGUGGGAAGGCUUUCAACCACCGAUCAUACCUCAAGAGGCACCAGCGGAUUCACACCGGGGAGAAGCCUUAUGUGUGUAAUGAAUGUGGAAAGGCCUUCACCCACUGCUCUACUUUUAUCUUGCAUAAAAGGGCCCACACUGGAGAAAAGCCUUUCGAGUGCAAAGAAUGUGGGAAAGCCUUUAGCAAUAGGGCAGACCUUAUUCGCCACUUCAGCAUCCACACUGGAGAGAAGCCCUAUGAAUGCAUGGAGUGUGGAAAGGCCUUCAACCGCAGGUCAGGCCUCACAAGGCACCAGCGGAUUCAUAGUGGAGAGAAGCCCUAUGAAUGCAUUGAGUGUGGGAAAACAUUUUGCUGGAGCACCAACCUCAUUCGACACUCUAUCAUCCACACUGGAGAGAAGCCGUAUGAGUGCAGUGAAUGUGGAAAGGCCUUCAGUCGCAGCUCCUCCCUCACUCAGCAUCAAAGGAUGCAUGCUGGGAGAAAUCCCAUCAGUGUAACAGAUGUGGGAAGACCUUUUACAGGUGGGCAGACCUCAGUCAACAUCCAAGAACUUUUAUUGGGGAAAAACUUUUUGAAUGUCACCACUGAGGAAAAUCUUUUGCAAGAGGAAGCAUCUUACAUGGCAUCUGAUCAUACAUACCAAAGAGAAACCCCACAAGUGUCUUCACUGUGAGAAAACCUGUUGCCAAAUGUCAUUUGUCACCUAAGGAGUCAUAUUAGAAAAUCACACAGCUUAGAGCCUUAUUCUCCAUCCGAAUUCAUCCUGGAAAAACACCCAAUGGUUGUUAUGCACUUAGGAAAACCUUUUAGCUCCAUCUUUGUCGUUAGUUUACAGUGCAGUGUUAUCUCAGGAAUUUUUAUAAAAAGAGGUGACAUAGAAAAAAUGAAAUGCAGACACUGCUUCUUUUAUACUGUUGUCUUAUAUGUACGUUUCUGUCCCACGUCAGGAAAGUUAGUAAGGGAAGGUCUGGAAACUUACUGAAUGUCUUUGUUCUACAACAUUGUCUCUUCUUAAGAAGCAUUGUUUUUAUGAGAAAUAUGAAGGCUUGCGUUAUGAAAUACUUUUAUAUUUAAGGAUUAAAGGAAACAUGAAUGCGCACAUUUUAUUCCAACACUUAAGACUGUUUAAGUCUUUGAUUUAAAAAAAAUCCUUUUUUGAUGGGUUUUGAACAUUAACACUGAGAAUUUUUCUUGAUUCCCAUCUGUCGGUUUACUUGAUUGCUAUAGCUGUAUGGUAAAUCUCAAAAUUAGGUAUAGAACUAUUCAGAGUAUUUCAUAUUGAAUGAAUUUUUAUAGAUUUUCUUAAGAUUAGAAAACUGAGAUACAGAAAGACUAAAGAAUUUGUCAAAGGUUUCACAAUUAUGAAAUUUGGGUUUGGGGAUUGGAAGCCAUUACACUGGCUUCAGAAUCCAUGUCCUCAGCCACUUCAUUGCUUCUCAUAUGGUAAGUUUUUGUUUCCUGGUCACUUAUUUUUACUAAAAUGGGUCAAACUGUGCUCAUUUAUUUAUAAUCUACUAUUCUUAUUUGACAGUACAUCUUGGCCAUUCCUUCGAGCAAAUGAGAUAAACCAGACUCACUCUUUAAUACCUGCAUAAGCUAUUGUGACUGUAGAAAAGACAGAGAAUGUCUGGGUUUGAGGAAAUGUGGGAAGGGUGGGGAGAAGGGCUAAGGCAUGCAUGCGGUUUUAAGUGUGUUUGAGAUGCCUGAAGAACAUCAGUGAAUCCCCCUAAUUUCUGUCGUUACUCAAACCAGACACAUUGUGGCCAUUUCUUUUUCCUUUAUCAUCCCCCCGUCCAACCACUGCCCCAUUCCUUUUUGUUCCUUAGUAGACCCUUAAUAUAUAUGUGUGUUUUGGUAAAUGGCCAUACACAGCAGGGUAUUUUUUUAAUUACAAUUUUCAGUUCCCUCAGCGCAUUUACCACAAAGCUGUGCAUAUAGGUGGCACCAUAUAUGGCAUACCUUGACCUCAGAGAAUCUACAUGGACUUUUAUGGACCUAUGUAAACAAUUUUAGAAAUCAUAAUGAAUGACUGCUGGAGUCCUUAAGACCCCUUCCAGAUUUGAUGAUUUGCUAGGAAGACUCACAGGACUCAGCAUUUUGUCGUACUCAAUGGCUAUAAUUUACCACACCGAAAGAAUCCAGAGCAAACUCAGUAAAAGGAAAAGGCUCAGACCCAAGUCCAGAGGAAACCAGGCACAAUCUUCGAGAAUCUUAAUGAAAUCACACAGGAUGUGCUUCACUGAAGCUCCAUCUGGGACUUCACAACAACGCGUGUGAGAUGUGUUCCAGGAAGUCGUCUUGGGCAUCCAUUGCUCAGAGUUUAUAUUGGACUCCCUUUCUAGCACAUACCACAGUUCUAGACCUCCAGAAGAAUAGGAGGUGUUCAGCAUAAGCCACGUGCACAGACAAUUUAGGCACAUGGAGCUACUUCUCAUUACUGGGAACAAUGGGAAACCUCCCGAAACCUAAAGUCCAGACUCCAGCCAAGGAUGAACCUUGCAAGAUCAAAGAAUAGCAGUCUCUGGCCUGCUGUGUUGUCUUUUCACAGUAACUUAAAUGGAAAAAUGCUGAGUUAGCUUAAGUUUCUGUAACAUUAAGCAAAUAAAAUUUUCUAUAACAAAAAUAAGCCAUAGCUUUGAGAUGAAGGCUUAUAUACCUGUAAACCAUUGUAACCAAGAAAAAAAAAAAAAAAUCAGAGUCACAAUGAAAAUACUUAACAAACUGGCCAGGAUUUAAUUCAGUGAUGACAGGAAACAGAGGAAGUCUUGUGAGAAAGGAUCUUGCCUCUGCCUAAUAUCUUUCAUAGAUAGGCUUCAAGUGGUUUGACUUGCAGAUACACUCUUUCUUGGCCUUUACUUUGGCAGACAUGUGAUGGGUAGGUAAAUGCUGUGUUCUUUCCCUAGCAUGUAUGUCAGUUUCUCAUCCACUCUUUGUUCUUGCUAUUGAAAGUUGUAGCUUCUGGCUACAACAGAGAUAGUUGAAGAAUAUGGAGUUCAUCAUGAUUUCUGUAUCAUUAAAUGUGGAUAAUUUGAGAUUAAAGAA